AUGGUUUACCCAGAUUCCUGGAAAGGAUUCCAGAUCGAGGACCCUUCCAAAUGGACGGAGUUCCACCUCAACGAGUUGACUCCAAAGCCAUUUGGGGAUUACGAUGUUGAUAUUAAGAUCCUGGCUUGUGGAGUUUGCGCUUCUGAUUUACAUACUGUCAGCGGAGGAUGGGGAGAACAAAAGUUCCCGCUGUGUGUUGGUCACGAAAUCGUUGGCAAAGCAGUCAGAAUUGGAUCCAAGGUCACCCUAAUCAAGGAAGGCGAGAGAGUUGGUGUUGGCGCGCAGAGUUACAGUUGCUUGGAGUGCAGACAGUGCAAGGCGGACAACGAGACAUACUGCAAACACCAGUUGGACACUUACGGUGCCGUCUGGCCUGAAACGGGAAUUGUUAGCCAGGGUGGUUACUCAGAAUACGUUAGAACACAUGAGCACUGGGUUUUCCCAAUUCCAGAUGGUCUCGCCACCAACAAAGCCGCUCCUAUGCUCUGCGCCGGUCUCACUGCCUACUCGCCACUCGUCCGUAACGGGGCUGGUCCAGGAAAGAAAGUUGGAAUCGUAGGACUCGGAGGAAUCGGUCACUUCGGUCUUCUCUUUGCCAAAGCCCUUGGUGCCGAAACCUACGUGAUCUCCCGAUCUCACUCCAAGGAGGCGGAUGCCAAAGCCAUGGGUGCGGAUGGAUUUAUCGCAACCCAAGAUAAAGAUUGGAACCUCCCUCACGAGAUGACAUUCGAUCUCAUUGUGAACACCGCCAGUAGCUCAGAUGGUUUUGAUUUGGCCAAAUACCUCAGUCUCUUGGAUGUUCACGGAAAGUGGAUUUCCGUCGGUCUGCCAGAGGGAGAUGGACAGGAGGUCAAGACCCAAACAUUCAUGGCCAAUGGAUGUUUGAUUGGUGCCAGUCACUUGGGGUCACGAAAGGAGGUCUUGAGCAUGUUGAAGUUGGCUGCUGAUAAAGGAAUUGAGAGUUGGGUUGAGGAGAUUGAGAUUUCUAAAGAUGGAUUGGCGACUGCGUUGACGAGAUUGCACAAGAACGAUGUGCGGUACAGAUUUACCCUCACUGGGUAUGACAAGUGCUUCAGCUCUUAA